UUUCACCAUUUUCAGUGAUGCUUCAAAGCAGGGAGUGGGAUGUGUACUCAUGCAGGACGGCCAGGUCGUUGCCUAUGCGUCACGUCAGCUCAAGCCACACGAACAGAACUAUCCGAUGCACGACUUGGAGUUAGCCGCAGUUGUUCAUGCUCUCAAGAUCUGGCGACACUAUCUUUACGGCGGUCGUUGCGAGAUUUUUACAGAUCAUAAGAGCCUGCAGUAUAUUUUUACGCAGAAGGAGCUCAACAUGAGACAGCAUCGUUGGCUCGAGCUCGUCAAGGAUUACGAUUGCUCGAUUCAGUAUCAUCCGGGGAAGGCGAACGUCGUUGCUGACGCCCUAAGCCGAAAGGUGAGGGGUGACUUGACGUACGUCGUUACUCAGCAGAGUCCGUUGAUUCAGGAGUUCGCCCAAAUGCAGAUUCAGGCGGUCGAUGCACUUCCCACAGCUAUUUCGGGUGGUGUCAGUGCCAGUAUCAGUGCCAUGCAGAUUCAGCCGACGUUGAGAGACAGAAUCCGGUGGGAACAGGCUUCGGACGAGUUCGUUCGGGUCAUGGAUUGCAAAUUUCGUGCCGGAGGAGUCGAAGGUUUUCAGCUAGGUUCAGACGGAGCAUUGGAGUUCAGGGGCAGGAUCGUGGUCCCGAAAGUCGAGGCGUUGCGGAAGGAGAUAUUGUCAGAGGCUCACGACCUGAAAGGGGCGUUCUGGUGGCGAGGGAUGAAGAAGGACGUUGCCGAGUUCGUCAGGAGAUGUUUUACCU